CAUUCCCGUUGUCAUGGAGGGCCACAUCUGCCAGAGCCUGGAGUCUGCGAAGGCCGGGACCCGGUUCCCCGGCCCGCCGUGGGGAGUGUGCAAACCCGAGAGAACUGGAUUGCGUACCCACUGCAGAGGGCUGAAGACGGGGUAGCCACGAGGUUGCAAAUUCGUGAAGAAUCAGCAGCAUGUUUGGCAGCUGAGUAUUGGAGCCAGGAGCCUGCCAUGAGGUUUUGAGAACAGGGUGCUGUUUUAGAGCUGGCAGCAGCAUCUCAGCCCAAGAGAAGGUUAUAUUCCCAGAAGAUGUCAGUCCCAAGGACCAGUAGCUGCCAUCAGUUUGGAUUCUGAAAACUAACCGGCAUCAACAUUGGGUGUAGAAACAUGCUUGCCUUGUGUAUCAGAGGACAUGCUCAGCAGAUCCAAGAGAUAUAUUUGGCAACUUUUUCUAGAAAAGGCACAUUAGGUAUCAUUCAUUACAUUCUUGAGUUUUUUUGGGUUUUUUUUUUUUUUGAGACAGUCUUGCUGUGUUGCCCAGGCUGGAGUGUGGUGGCACAAUCACAGCUCAUUGCACCCUCAAUCACCCAGGCCUAAGCAAUCCUCCCACCUUGUAGCUGGGACUACAGCUCACAGCACACCUGGCUAAAAUUUUUUUUUGUUGAGACGGAUUCUCUAUGUUGCUCAGGCUGGUCUCAAGCUCCUGGGCUUAGAUGGUCCUCCUGCCUCAGCUUCCAAAGGCACAGGCCAAGUUGUAGCUUUGUCCCUUGCCAUCAUGCCCAACAAGAGGUUCUAUACCUUUUAAUGAACUGACUUUCAUAAAUUGGUUAUGUUGGUGGGCAAGUUCUUUAAGCUGGAAAUUGUAAAUUCCUCCUGAAAUGUUUUUUCAUGCAGUUACCAUGAACUAAUACUACAAUAAAGGAUGGUCUUGGGUGUCAA